CAGGCUUAUUUGGUGUGAGUGUAAAGGCUGUGAGAGCAGUUGGCGCGAUAUUAGUAUGGAAUUUGGAAUAUAAUGUUUUGUCCUUUCUGAUAUGUCAGUCCAUAAUGAAUAUUCUCUCUACAUAACUCAUGUCAAUAAUAAUGAUGGUUGAAAUUACUAGAAAUAAUUUUGAGGAGAAGUAUCCUGAAAUUGAAGGCAGGUUAAGGAGUGCUGUGUUUGUUGCAGUGGAUACUGAAUUUACAGGUCUACUGUCUGACCCAGCGUUUAAACCCAGCUUGUUUGACACUGGUAGUGAGCGAUAUGGGAAGUUACGUCGAAGUACAGAGCACUUUCUUAUAAUGCAAGUUGGUAUAACUGCCUUCAGAUUUAUUGAGGACAAAAAUAAAUACAAGGCCAGUAAAUACACAUUUUAUGUAUUUCCAAGAUCAUUUGCAUCUAUUGAUAAUAUAUUUAUGUGUCAGUCAUCAUCCUUGGAGUUUCUUUGCCAGAAUCAUUUUGAUUUUAAUAAGUUUGUGUAUGACGGUGUCCCAUAUCUGAACCAAAAGGAGGAAGCUCAUUUGCGCAAAGAACUGAGCAAAGGAUCACUGUUUCACCAAUUGGACCGUACUGUCGACUUGGAUGAUGAGAAAUCUAUACAGUUGGUAUGUUCCCGUGUGGCCAAAUGGGCUGCCAGUGCUGUUCAGGGAGAUACACUGGACUUGAAUAACUUGGACAUCUGCCAAGGAGAUAUAAGACUGUCUUAUGUCAUGCACAAAGAACUUCGACAGAGAUUCCCUGACAUUUGGUCGUUCCCAGAAGGGGGACUGAUACGAGUUAAGAAGAUAUCUCACAUGCAGAGAAAGGCACUGGAGGAAAAUGAAGAGCAACAUAAAACUUUGGAAGAAACCGUGAUGCAUUCACUGCUAGGAUUCUCUCGCUUGUUUAAACUGCUGACAGAGCUUAAGAAGCCCAUUGUUGGACAUAACAUUCUGUUAGAUCUCAUGAUUAUGUAUAACCAGUUCCAUGAACAGCUGCCCACUCGGUUAAAUGACUUCAAGGAGGAGAUCCACAGACUGUUCCCAGUAAUUUAUGACACCAAAUUCCUCAGUUUUCAGAUGAGAAAGAUAUUGAUUAAAGAAGAUAUGUGGAAUUCCAAUAUACUGAGUCAUCUGUAUUGUUUCUUCAAAGAAGGGCGAGGAAGAUACCUCGUGUUAUACUCUCCCAUUAUAGAACUUGAAGAUGGAGCUGAAAUUUGUAAUCCAAAGGAAACAGCAUCCAAUGUGUCAGAACAGUCCCAGGAUCUCAAUGUGAAAUUUCAUGAAGCAGGGUGGGAUUCUUACUGCACAGGAUAUUGUUUUAUUCGAAUGGCACAUAUAUUUGCCCAUGUUACAUGUGGCAGUCUUGUUUUUGGAAGAAUACUAACAAGCAGAGAACAUCUCUUGGGUGUAUCAUCCAAGAAGAAUUGUGUGAAUGUAAUACGAGCCAAUAUAUCCCAUAUGUGCCUUGAUGGACCCGAUCCUCCAUCAGACAGACCAAACUGGCUUCAUGUUCAAGCAAAAGGUUUCCGUACUAUUGAUGUCUCAAAGGUUGCUGAACUAUUUGCUAGGUAUGGUUCAGUGGAUGUGAAGCCAUUCACCAGGUUCAGGGCACUUGUGGCUGUGGGGAACCAUGGCAGUGCCAAAGACAUUGUUAGACAGUUUCAGAAACACAAAGAGUUGCGUGUGAGCUACUAUCACCCUCUGUGGCAUUCAUCUGUUUUCCAGACCUUUCUGGGGGAACAGCUGGGUAAACCAUGUUCCUGGAAAGAAAAAUUCUUCAACAACAAUGGGAAAAGGGCUUUCCAUUGCUAGGCAACAAGCAAUAAAUAAGUAUCUUCAAAAAUAGAGGCCAUGUUUUCUAUGUGGUCCAUGCUGAGCCUAUAUAAGAGGCAGUGAAGACUGUUGAGAGGAUUCGUCAGGAAGACGUCGCUCAGCGCAGUUCAGUAGUUGAUAUGUUAUAAUUGUUUGUGUGUCAUACAUACAGCAGUCUUGAAAGUGUAAUAACAAAUUGUAGUUACGACCUGUGAAAUUAUCCAAUAAAUUGAGUUACCAAAUCUGGAACCUGUCACUUACUGUCGCGUUACCAGGAUAAAUGGGACAAUAACAUUUGUCAUUUUAGUGUGAAUACAUUGUGUUUAUAAUCAUUUACUUUGAAAGAAGAAGGCUAGACAUUGAUAAGUAAUGGGAUGGCAUGAUGUCCUUGAAAUGUGCCCAGAGGAGCUGCGUCACCAACACACAUGCAAUUACAUUCUCUCUCUCUCUCUGUCUGUGAGACAUUAAGAAACUUAAAUAAGAUGUGUUCUAAAUAAUGUUAAAUAGCUUUUAGAUGACAAAAAUAAUUUGUAUUAAUGAUAAUGAAAUAAUAGAAAUUGACACUCACUGAUCUCAUGGUAGAUUACUCUCAUUACUGCAUGAAUGAGUCAUUCAGGUGAAUGUUUUUGUAUGGACAAUGACAGAGCAGAUGAUUCCAUUGGUAGAGAAGAGGAUUGAAUUGGUUUAAAAGAUCGGCAGUAUUGAGUUUGCAUUUAUGGCUGUUGAAGUUGAUAACAAACUUUCACUUAGGGCAUCUGGUGGAUCUGCUGGCCGUGACUUCUUUAAAAAGAAUUAUCAAUCGUUAUUUGCCUCCAGGCUCACAUUUCUCACACAACAGCAGAUGCCAAGAGAGUUCGUGUGACUGGCCCAAAUUUUCCCUUCACCCAUUGCAUUCCUUCCACACAGUGCUCUAUCCCCACCCAAUCUGCUAGCAGCAAUUUGUAUUAAAUUGAGCACUGUUAAUUUGAUCAGUCUGAAUCAGUUGAUCACAAUAUAAGGAAGUCACAUUUUUGAAACUCACAUAUAAUGAGAUACGUGGAGAUAUGCGCAGUGGACCCUUGCUAUACUGCAUCUCAUUAUGUUGCAAAAUGAGAUAUACCGUGGUGCUGAUAAGGUCUCUCAAUAUGAUUACUUAUGUCAUACAUAUUUCUGUGUAGUGUUUUGUUUACAUUUUAAGUCUAUUGCAGUAAACCAUGAGCACCAUGUCUGAUUGAAACCGAAGAGUUCCUGUGUUCUCUUGCUGACCCUGUUACCUGCUGUUAACGUCCUGAUGAUUGGAAAUUCUCUUAGAGGGCAAAGUUCCCAAAACUUUGUAAGGUUAUGAACCGUUUAUUAAGAAGACAGCAUUCCUGUGUUUCUCUUCAGUUGUUGGUUGUUAGGCAUCUGUUACCUAGCAUCGGGCAUGGUUUACAGAAUCGUUAUUUAGCAAUGGGUCUGCAUGCUACAGUAUGUUAGUACAGAAAUUCAUUAUGAAUAU